AUGAAUCAUCUUGUACCUACUUUUUAAACGCAAGGUAAUAGGCCUAUGAAUGUUUAUGAAUGGCAUAACAGGCAUGUAAUUGAUUGGCUAAAGGAGCACGAUCUUUAGGACUACUAAUCCAUAUUUGAAAUGCAGAAAGUCAAUGGAGAAUAACUUCUUCUAACCACAGAAGAGAAGGCAAUUCAUGAAUUUAAAAUAGAAGAUGAUGAAGAUAGAAAAAUAUUCAUGCAAGAACUAGAUCUUUUAAAAGAGUACCAUGAUUCCAGAAGAAAAGCAAAUAUGAUAGAAGAAGCUGAAAAGCUACAAAAAGAAGCUUCCGAAUAUUUAGAAACUAUUAGUAUGAUGCCUAUACAUAAUGGGAUGAACGGAGGAGCUAUUUGUGAUGGGGAAAUGGAUCUUUUACCAACUGACAGUUCUAUUUAACAAUUCGAAGAUAAUGAUAGUGCGACAAACAGGUUUUUGCUCGAGUAAGAGAUUAAGAUGAUUGUGGGUUUAUUACAACGAGCUGGAAGUGAUAGGAUAGAUAAUAGUGCUAAUAACUUUAAUGAUACUUCUCAAAGAUAUGGAAUGACUCUUUCCAAACCUUAUAUUUUAAGUUCUAAUAACUUAGUUGUAAGCACUACUUCGAUUUAAUAACCCUAGGCUACUUCUACUGAUUACUAGUCUUAAUGGUACAAUGAAUCAAUAUAGAUCAGUAAAAUGAAAAUUCCUCAUUUUUUCGAACAUCCUGUUUUUUCUAAAGAUCAUCAAGUCGAAUAAAGUGAAAGAAUAAGUGAGGCUUAAUCUUACUAGGAAAAUUUCUCUACAUUACCCAUAACAAAUGAAGAGAAAUUACAAUCAAUUGUAAAUUAGUCUUUAAUUAUAAAGGACUGUUUAGACUUAGAUAAUCCAUAAUAAUUUUAAUUAUACGAGCUGCUUUCUAGUGAAAUAUAAGUUGCAAAUGAAGGAAUAAUCAGUCAAAGUUAGAGCAAUCCUCAUUCUAAAAGGAAGUUAGGUCUAUUUAAAUUUAUGCCAGCAUAGAAAAGCAGUAAACAAGAGCUUUCUUUUGCAAACCAACAAACAAUUAAUAUAAUUCCCAGCAAUCUUAAGUGUAAUUGGUCAUUUAGGUCUCUAAAUUCAUCUUAAAUAAUAGCUCUACAAGUAAUGAAAAGAGCAAUUGUAAUUGACGAUACUUAUAUUAUGGGCAAUCACAUAAUAAACAUAAUGAGCGUUGAAAUACAGUCUUAAUAAUAGUGCAAAGUUGCCCUUAAAAUUAGCAGAAUAAAUAAUUAAAUUGCAUUCCAAAAGUAAAAUGUCUUCGUAAACACUGAAGGAAUUACAUUUGGCAAAAAUAAAAAAACUUGCACCAUAUAUCUUGAAAAUGACAAAGAAGUAAGCUCUAAUCACUGCAGAAUGGUUUUCGAUCCAUAAUUAAAAAGCACCUUUAUAAUUGAUAACAGCUCUACAAACGGAACUUGGAUUCAAAUUAAAGCAGGGAAGAAUGAAUGUUUAGGAUAGAAGAUGCAUAUCUAAAUUGAUUUAAAGAGAGACAUUAUGAUAUAUGAUUGCAUUGAUAAUUAUAAUUUAGAUGACGUUAGAAAAGAACUAUAAAAUAAUUGUAUUAGUUGCUUUAAAAAUAACAAAAACACUAGAAAUCUAAAUACUUAAAAAAUUGAAUACUGCUUAGCUUGUGCUUAAAUCCUCCUUUAGAAAGAUUCAUGGGCUUAAAUAUUAUAUUGA